AUGAGGAGCUCGCACCCCCUGGUCUUUCUCUCCCUGAUCGCCCUUUGUGGGCACGGGGACUGCCGUUUGGCUAACGCGGAGGAGAAGCUGAUGGACGAUCUUCUGAACCAAACUCGCUACAACAACCUGAUCCGCCCGGCCACCAGCUCUUCCCAGCUCAUCUCCAUCAAGCUACAGCUGUUCUUGGCACAGCUCAUCAGUGUGAAUGAGCGAGAACAGAUCAUGACCACCAACAUCUGGCUGAAGCAGCAAUGGACAGACUACCGCCUGGCAUGGGACAGCGCCCACUACGAGGGGGUGAAGAUCCUGCGGAUCCCCUCCAAGCGCAUCUGGCUCCCUGACAUCGUGCUUUACAACAACGCCGAUGGUACGUACGAGGUGUCCGUCUACACCAAUGCAGUAGUCCACUCCAAUGGCAACAUCGAGUGGCUGCCCCUGGCCAUCUACAAGAGCGCGUGCAAGAUCGAGGUGAAGCACUUCCCCUUUGACCAGCAGAACUGCUCGCUCAAGUUCCGCUCGUGGACGUACGACCACACGGAGAUCGACAUGGUGCUCAUGUCCCCCACGGCCAGCAUGGACGACUUCACCCCCAGCGGCGAAUGGGACAUCGUGGCCCUGCCGGGACGCAGGACGGUGAACCCCUGGGACCCCAGCUACGUGGACAUCACCUAUGACUUCAUCAUCAGGCGCAAGCCGCUCUUCUACACCAUCAACCUGAUCAUCCCCUGCGUGCUCAUCACCUCGCUGGCCAUCCUGGUCUUCUACCUGCCCUCGGACUGUGGCGAGAAGAUGACGCUGUGCAUCUCGGUGCUGCUGGCUCUCACGUUCUUCCUGCUGCUCAUCUCCAAGAUCGUGCCCCCCACCUCCCUCGAUGUCCCCCUCAUCGGCAAGUACCUCUUAUUCACCAUGGUGCUGGUCACCUUCUCGAUUGUCACCACCGUGUGCGUGCUCAACGUCCACCACCGCUCCCCCAGCACGCACACCAUGGCCGCCUGGGUCAAGCGCUGCUUCCUGCACAAGCUGCCCACCUUCCUCUUCAUGAAACGCCCCGGCCCGGAUGACCCCCCAGCCCGGGCCCCCCAGCCCGGCCAGUUAUCCCUGAGCAAGCCAGAGGCCCCGGCCAGCCCUUCCCACCUCUAUGGGAACGCCAUGUACUUUGUGAACCCCACCCUGGCGACCCCCACUUCUCCCAUGGGGUCUCACCGGACAGGUGUCCCCAAGGAUUUCCGGCCUCGGCGCUCAGGGAGAUUCCAGCAAGACGUGCAGGAAGCUUUAGAUGGGGUCAACUUCAUUGCCCAGCAUAUGAAGAGCAACGACCAGGACCAGAGUGUCGUGGAGGACUGGAAGUUCGUGGCCAUGGUGGUGGACCGGCUGUUCCUGUGGGUUUUUGUGUUCGUGUGCGUCCUGGGCACCGUGGGGCUCUUCCUGCCCCCCCUCUUCCAGACCCACACCCCUUCCAAAGUCCCCUAG